AUGGGGGCGCGCAGGCUGGAGGCGGUGGUGGAGUUGUCGCCGGGGGAGGCUCGCGGUGCGGGGACGAAGAGAGGGCCUGCAGAUGGUCAGCCUGUGGUGAUCCUUCUAGGCUGGGCAGGCUGCCAGGACAAACACUUGGCCAAAUACAGCACAAUCUACAGUCAGAAGGGGUGCACUGUCAUCCGCUACACAGCUCCAUGGAGGAUGAUAUUCUUCUCUGAGACCUUUGGCAUAAGAUCCCUCCAGACUCCUGCCAGGCAACUCCUGGAGCUGCUCUUUGACUACAGUGUUGAAAACAGACCGGUUCUCUUCCACGUUUUUAGCAAUGGUGGUGCCAUGCUGUACCGUUACGUUGUCGAGGCGCUCCACACUCACAAGCCAUUUAACAACCUCAAAGUAGCAGGCAUUAUUUUUGAUAGUGCACCUGGCAGAAGAAACUUGAGAGGAGCGCUUCGUGCCUUGGCAGCUGUCUUGGUAUCCAAGAAUGUGCUGCUCAAGUAUUUCCUCUUAUUUGCUUUCGCUACUACGGCUGUUGUGCUGCGGAUCCUGCUGUACCCACUGACCCGCUUCAUCCACCAGAGCCAUUAUGAUGCCCUGCUGAAAGCUCCCUCCUGCUGGCCUGAGCUUUACCUCUAUUCCCAAGCUGAUGCCAUCAUCAAGGCCGGCGAAGUUAAGCAUAUGGCUGAUGCCAGGCAGCAGCUUGGUGUCUCUGUGAAAGCUGUAGACUUCUCGGAUUCGGCUCACGUCAGCCAUGUGCGGGCAUAUCCCACCUAUUACAGCAACCUCUGUGUGACUUUCCUGGCUGACUGUGUCAGGGCCUCACCUCGUUAG